GUCUCCGCGCGAAACCGCAUUGAACCAUCCUCCAUCGGCUUCUUCAAAUCACCUCCUCCUUCUCGUCCUUCUCCUCCUCCUCGUCAUCGCUAUCGCCGUCGCCGCCGACGCCGAGAGCGAAACACUCGUGGAUGACCUCCUCCUCCUCCUCGUUGGAUGGGCAACACCUGCCGAGGUUCCUUGAGGAGCAAGUAUCCUGAAAGCAUCUCCAAUCCCUCCUGCCGAUCAACGCCUGCAAUCCCUCCUUCUGAAUCCGGAGAUCCCCCAAAGCUCCAGCUCGCCUCCACCGCCACCGUCGUUGCCGCCAUGCGUUGUGGAGUGGAGACGCCAUCAAGCUGCAUCCUCGGCCACAAGACGACCAACAUCAGGGACCUCUAUACCCUCGGGCGGAAGUUAGGGCAAGGCCAGUUCGGCACCACGUACCUCUGCACGGAGAUCGCCACCGGUGUUUGUUACGCCUGCAAGUCCAUCUCCAAGCGGAAGCUCAUCUCCAAAGAGGACUUCGACGAUGUCCGGCGGGAGAUCCAGAUCAUGCACCAUUUGUCCGGGCACAAGAACGUCGUGAGUAUCAAGGGGGCUUAUGAGGACCCGCUCUAUGUGCACAUCGUGAUGGAGCUCUGCUCCGGCGGGGAGUUGUUCGAUAGAAUUAUUCAGAGAGGGCAUUACAGCGAGCGGAAGGCGGCGGAGCUCACGAAGAUCAUUGUUGGGGUCGUGGAAGCCUGCCAUUCGCUUGGGGUUAUGCAUAGAGAUCUCAAGCCGGAGAAUUUCUUGUUGGUUAACAAGGACGAUGAUUUGUCCCUUAAGGCCAUUGAUUUUGGGCUCUCUGUCUUUUUCAAACCUGGUCAGGUUUUCACAGAUGUGGUUGGGAGUCCAUACUAUGUUGCUCCUGAGGUAUUGCGCAAGAAAUAUGGGCCGGAAGCUGAUGUUUGGACAGCUGGAGUCAUCCUUUAUAUAUUGUUGAGUGGAGUACCACCUUUUUGGGCUGAGACACAGCAGGGGAUAUUUGACGCUGUUCUGAAGGGUGUCCUUGAUUUUGAUUCAGACCCAUGGCCUUUAAUAUCCGAUAGUGCCAAGGACCUCAUCCGAAAGAUGCUUUGUCCUCGGCCUUGCGACCGCUUGAAGGCCCAUGAAGUACUAUGUCAUCCUUGGAUUUGUGAGAAUGGAGUUGCUCCUGACAGAGCCCUUGAUUCAGCUGUUCUGUCUCGUCUCAAACAGUUCUCAGCAAUGAACAAGUUAAAGAAAAUGGCAUUGCGAGUAAUAGCUGAAAGUUUGUCAGAAGAGGAGAUCGCUGGAUUAAAAGAAAUGUUCCAGGCAAUGGACACAGACAACAGUGGUGCAAUUACUUUUGACGAGCUGAAAGAAGGCUUGAGAAAAUAUGGUUCAAAUUUAAAGGAAUCAGAGAUUCGAGAUCUCAUGAAUGCUGCAGAUGUGGACAAAAGUGGUACCAUAGAUUAUGGAGAAUUUAUUGCAGCAACUCUGCAUAUUAACAAACUGGAACGUGAGGAGCAUUUGGCGGCAGCAUUUUCAUAUUUUGACAAAGAUGGAAGCGGUUACAUUACAGUUGAUGAGCUUCAGCAAGCUUGUAAAGAACAAAAUAUGGAAGACCUUUCUCUUGAAGAUAUUAUCAAAGAAGUCGAUCAGGACAAUGAUGGUUGCAUUGACUAUGGUGAAUUUGUUGCCAUGAUGCGAAAGGGCAAUGUUAACAUGGGUAUUGGUAGAAGAACCAUGCGAAAUGCUUUGAAUUUGAGCAUCAGAGACGACCGGGAGCUAGCUAAAUGAAAUCUAACAUUGUACAGGUCAUGACACACAAACUAUGGAGAAGUACAGGAGCUUCUCAAGUUGUCGAAAUUUACAAAAAAUUUGAAAAGAAAGUAGUGAUGCAGGAAGCUUGAAUUUAGGAAUGCGGAGCAUUUGUGAUAAUAAUUGCUUCGAUAUCAGAGAACAUGUUCUCACUGAUGCAUAGAUGAUCUAAAGCCUAACUGAUAUUGUUUCUUUGCAAAUCUUUGAAUGUGGGUAUCUUUAGAAAUUGUAAUUAUCAUCACAAAAUUCAGUUAUUGGCAGGAUUUGUAUGUAACAUGGCAUUAGCACACUUGCCGGAAAGAAUGAUGUUUGAUUCUCUCUGUAACUUCAUGCUCUUCUUUGUGAGAAACAAGUAAAUUUUAUAAAUAUGGUUCAGUGUGGAAUGAUGCUUGAAAAGUAA